GUUGUGAUGCACCUGCUCUAUUUAAAGGCAUGAUGAUAAAUUACCAGAUUAGCACCUUCCAUUUGACCAUCCCUGCACUCUGUUACGCCUUGCAACUAGAUAAAUCCUACCCAGCCUGCCGGCAGCCUGCAGUUCAAACGAGACGUUUCACUGGAAAGAUGACACUUCUUAUAAUGAAUAUUUUGAUGAACUUCUGCAAGCUAAUUAUUUUGACAAUAACUCUGCCCUUCCAACUAAUGGAGGUUUUGGGUUUAUAUAGGAUGUACAAGCGUUUGUUUCCACUUCUUGCUUACAAUAUCACUUUUUCAUACAAUGAAAAAAUGCAUGAAAACAAGAGGAACCUUUUCCGAAACUUGUGCAAAUUCUGCAGCACGGACAGUACCCUUCGACUUCUGGAGAUUGGCUGUGGUAGCGGAGCCAACUUCAAAUACUACCCGUAUGGUUGCACGGUUAUUUGCACAGACCCCAACCCUUACUUUGAGAAGUACUUACAGAUGAGCAUGUCAGCGAACAACCACCUUACCUAUGAACGCUUUGUCGUUGCAUCAGGAGAAGACUUGACCGUAGUCGAAGACAAGUCGGUGGAUGUUGUCGUCUGCACGCUGGUGCUGUGUUCCGUCAACAACGUGCCACGUGUACUAAAAGAGGCACAACGGAUACUCAAAAAAGGUGGUGCUUUCUACUUCUUGGAGCAUGUAGUGGCUGACCCUUCGUCUUGGACAUACUUUUUCCAGCAUGUGCUUCAGCCAAUGUGGUACUACCUCGGGGAUGGCUGCAUGGUUACCAAUGCAACGUGGAGAGAUCUGGAGGCUGCUGGGUUCUCUGAGAUCCAGCUCAUACACAUAGAAGCACCACGGGUCACUUUUAUGAUCAAACCGCACAUUCUUGGAUACGCCAUCAAGUGAAUUUAUCUGCAUAUUUUAUACUCUGAAUCAAAUAAAUUCAUUUCGUAAAUAUCUGGAAAUCGGUUAAUAUUUUCUUCACUGUGAAAAUAACUUCCAACUAUUCACAAUUAUUUUUUCCAGUGGUUAUUAUUGCUGUUCCCUCUCACCAAGGACAUCCACUGUUCCGAACAAGUUUGGUUCAUUUGGUAGAGUAUGGUGUUAGCAACGCCCCCAGAUUGUGGCUUUGAUUCCCACUGAGAACCAGAAAGCAAUUUCUGAUAACUGCUCACCCAUAACUGUUUGAAAAAAAUGUGUACUCUAAAUAAAUAAAUCUACUUUUUGAAAUA